AUGUAUACAUUGCGGGCGGCGGACGGCCUCCUAGUUGUAGCGUGUGUGUGCGCAGUACGCGGCGCUAAUGACGAUGCUGGUGCUGGGCGAGGUGGCCUUCUGUGCGUGGCUGGCGCUGCAGGUGCUGGCCUGGCAGCAGUCGGAGGCGGCGCGGCAGCUGGCCGAGGCGCUGGAGCUCAGCGACCACCUGCGGCCUCUGCUCGACUACAUGGCGCGCUGGCACCCGCUGCCGCACCGCGUCGACCAGCUCAUACAGGAGGCGAGCGAGGACGCGCCGCGCAACGCGUACGUGGCGCUGGUGCUGGGCGUGCUGCUGCCGGUGCUGCAGGUGCUGGGCGCCGCGGCCGCGCUGCUAGCGGCGCGCGCGCCCCGCUCCCCCCGCGCCUCCGCGCGCUCCGCGUCCGACGCCGAGCUGUCGCUGCAGCCGCGCCCGCCCUCCUACAACAGUGCGUCCGGCUACGGCUACCAGAAGAUGCCGCGCACCGCCUAUCGCAACGGCCGCAUCGUCGUGCUGGGCUAACGGCGCGCCCCCGCGCCCCCGUGCCCCCGCGCCCUGACCGCGGCGUCGCGGCGCGCCCCCUGGCUACGCGGCCGCGCCCUCGUCUCGCAGUGCCACAUUUACACUGUGGAGUGACCCUGAACUCGAACUUAUGUGUCUGA